AGGUGCGUAGUUUCAUACCUUACGUUACCGUGUUUUUAAGACCAUAGAUCCAACGGCAGUAACCCUUGUUGAUGUGUCGGAGUUCAUUUUUAGAUAUAAUCACACAAAAUUCGUACGGCAUAUGUGCCUUAUUUUAGAGCCACGAGCCUAAUUUUUAUAACAGAGUGGUCCAUAAACAUAGGAACUCCUCAUUUUUAGCUUUUCAAACUGUGUAUCUAAAGAGAAAUUUAUACUACUUAUUUGUCUCCUCGUGUAAUGCAGUCGACACAUACAGAUUUUAACCUUUUUUGUCUGCUUUACCAGCGAAAGAGUUGUUAGGUGACGUGAGUGUAAGAAAUUGUUCAGAUCGUCGAAAAUAACAUUGUGUGUUAAAUGUUGGCUCUUUGUGUAUAUAACCUGAUAUUGAGAUAAUAUUCUGUGGUGCAUUUUCAGUUGAAAUUGAUCGUACGACACCGGCAGCAUAUUCCACGAAAUAUUAAUGUAUGGAAUUUGUUGUAGUAAAUCACAUUAUGUACAUUUCCAUGAAUGAAGUAACCUAAAUUUUAAGUAUCAGACCGUUCUAAAUGCCAAGUUACUGGAAGUAUAUAGUGGUGACUUAAAAAUUUUGGUCCGUGAGUUUGUUCUACUUGUUUUUUCUCUCCCUCAGCGGUCAUAUAUAUGUGGUUUGUCCUGUCCAUAUAUUAGAAAAAGUUUAAUAUCCAUCCAAUGUCUAUAUCCACAAAAUAGGGAUAUAUUAUAUUAAACGGCAGUAAAAAUAAUCCGUUUUGCGUAGAAUAAUUCUAUAUUGUUGAAGAUUACUGCAUAAUGUCUGCACUUCUGACCUGUUCCCCAAAGAGUAGGCUUGCCUGCUAGUUAUGGUAUCUCCGUAAAAGGCACCACAUAUGCUACAGAUUUUUGUGCUUCUUCGUCCACCAACAGUCAUUUAGAUUAAUGAUCAGUGUUAAUAAUUUACAAUCUUACCGAUUCCAAGCCUGGCUCUCCAAAAUACAUAUAUAUCAGUAUCGUAAAUCGUUAUGUAAAAGUGUUACAGUCAGUCAGUCAGUAACAACGUGGAACUUCGUACCUACGUAAAUCAGUUCGAGUUGCCAUACCACAUUAGCACAGAGAUUCAGUUAUCGUCUCAAAUCCCGUAGUGGUAGAGGUAGUGAAAGGGAACAUUAGGGUUUGAUGAUGUUAUUUAAGGAGUAUAAUCCAGUGAAAUAGAUAUGGAAAGAAAAUAAAUGACAUGAAGAAUUCAGAAGAUUCGAGUUUGAGAGAACACAAAGAGUGGAUGCACCUGCGCCAUUGCAAACGAUUUUGAGCCAUGUCAUUCAAGGUCUCUAACCAUCGGUUGCUAUCAUCUCGCGGAUUCCAACCAGGUAGUCUACACCUACCAACAUGACUCAGUCCGCUUGUCAGUGACUUCAUGGAUUUCUGCCAUGUUUUGGUCUGGCCGCCCCUAGCUUUCUUCCAACCUAUUCCUACACCAUAAAACAUCGCAAGUCGGGGCAGUCGCUGGUCGGGCAUGCUCAACACAUGUCCCAGCCACCUCAACUGAUUAAGUUUCACUACUUCAUCAAUUGAUUUGCCAUCCUUACCUAGUACCCGUUUACUAACAACUGAGUUGCUUACUUGGUGUUACUGGCAAUAACAGCUUUUCAUAUCAGUUGUAUGUAAAUGGUGAAUGUAGUUAUUUCUAUUGACUGUGUCGCAUUUAUUAUAAACACUCGUUUAUGGGACCAGAUCCCCACAUAUCUAAUCAUAUUUACAAACCCUUUUGAUAACUACUGACUACGCCUUUGUUCCAUUAAUUUCUUUUCUCCAAAUAAAACGUUAAUAAAAAUUGUGUAUGUAGGUAAAGAAAACAGGAUGUAUGUACAAGAUUCUCAAAUAACUAAACACUUACACUGUGUACGAUGAGGUAUUUUUAGAAAAUGGUAAAUAUUUUCUAACCGCUUGUUGAUAAUCAAUUGAGGGGAACUCCUAAUUAAUCGUGCCAUCUGCCCAUUAUAUGUAGAUCUCUUGUCUUUAACUAGCAAGUCAGGUGGCUCUAAAAUGAAGAAUAUGUCGUUCAGUAGUAUUCACUAUUUUCGGAUCAUCUCUGAAGAAUUCUAACGGUCCUGUCUUAUACGAUAAAAAAUGUUUCUAAAACCAUUCUCCGUGAGAUCUAAUUCUCAAAUUAAGUCUUGUGAAAAGUCAGAGCUUUAUUUAUUUUUGUACUUACUUUUUAUUUAUAGGAAGCAACUUCUAAACUCAUUCUAUGAUGAGUACGGAUUAGAUCCUACAAAUAUUUUGGAAAUCUUUAAAACAAAAGAUGUUCACCGUUUAAAAGUCAUAACUUCGUCAGAAAUAAAAGUGAAUAUCUACAAAUUUGGAAAUAUUCCUUUAAUUAUUGAAAAUGAAAAAGAACGUCUCCCCACAGUUUACCUUCUAUGGCAUUUGCCGAACCUCCUCCCACAUUUCAAAGUACAUGAGAACUUAGUUUCCGUUCUAAUGAAAGGGGCUGACCUUAUGCUUCCUGGAGUAGUAACUGAUGGUCCAAUUCUUCCUUAUACAUUUAAUAAGAUAGAGAAGGGUGUUCUUUGUUGUAUCAGCACAACUUCCAACUGCGCACCAAUAGCUGUCGGGCACACAGCUAUGUCAAACUAUGAUAUGUACAUGAGUGCCGGUAAGGGGAAAGCUGUAUCCGUGUUUCAUGUUAUUGGCGAUCAUGUGUGUUCUCUGGUGUCAUCAUUCAACCGUCCCAUUCUCCCAUGGCCUAUUGUCGAUGAGAGUUCUCCUAAAACAAAUGAACAAGAAAUAGACAAUGUCGAUAAUGAGUCUAAAUCCUCAGUAAAUAUAUUGUCUCAACAAAUAUCGGAUGAUAAAAAUAUCAGCGAAGAAUUGAAUGACCUUCAUUUGGAAGAAGCUGUUGAGUUACAACCAUUAUUUGAUCUUGAUAAAAUUCUACGGGAGUGUUUUUUGAAAGGUCUUAAGUUGAUCAAAGCAAAUCAACUUCCAAUACAAGUGAAUAUUUUCUAUUCUCAAUAUGUUUUGGUGCACAAAUCUCCAUCAGUGGAUCUAGAUAUCAAGAAAACAAAAUUUAAAAAGGUUGGCCUAUUUUUGAAAGCUAUGCAAGAUGAAGGUUUCAUCGAGGUGACUGAACCGAAAUCUGGUGUAUUGAUGUUAAAUCAUAUUAAUAAAGAUCACAUUGAAUUACGAGGAGUAACCGUUCCUGCUUCAAUAACAAAUCCUAAAGUUGAGUGUCAUUGGCCAGAUGACUAUAUGGGCCCACCCCAAAUUGAAGAUAUUCGAAUAAUUAAAGGACCCGUUACAGCUUUAUUUUCACAAUUUGGUUAUAAAUCAGGCGAAUGUAUUAGCCAAUCAGAAGCCAGACGAACUAUUGAUAAUUAUGUUCGAAACAAUAAGCUUCAGUUGACUACAGAUCCGAGCUUAGUUCAUUUAGACAAAUUAUUAACAGGCAUAUGUGAGCCGAAAACUUUUAUUGAAUCCCCUGAAAGUACCAUAACAAAUCCAAUUUUUCACAUUCGUUUUGGUGAUCUUAUUUCUCAAGCUUUGAAAAACUUAACUAAUGCUUAUCGCAUAAUUUAUCCGGACAUGUCCACCCCUGUCAUCUGGAAUAAAAAAGAGCCACCUCAUAUACAUUUGUAUACUGUUACGAAAGCUGGAAAGAAAUUAACUCGAAUAGCGGAAUUGGAAGAUUUUCACAUUAAUCCAGAUUCAUUUUCUAAACAACUGAAAAUACAUUUAGCCUGUUCAGCUGGGAAAACAGACGAUCAACAAUACCCGGGUAAAAUUGUCAUUCAAGCCCAAGGUGUUCACCUUGCAGCUAUCUCCAAAUUACUUACAGAAUCGUACUCAAUACCAAAGCGAUUUAUUAAAGGCUACACAGAACCAGAUAAAAAGAAGUAAAUGUUAGAUUUAAUCAUUGACACAUACUCUUUUGUAUACAAAAUAAUUUAAAUUUCUCUAUACAACUUGCUGAAUUCAACGCAUAUUUUUAAAAGUACUUGAAUAAUAUUAUCAGUUCCAAAUGUUGGACUUAAUCAUCUUAGUGUGAAUAGAGUAUUAGUCAUUGGAACCAUAGGGAGUAUGACAAUCACAACGUAAAUUCAACAACUGUAAAAAUUCGCUUACUACACUACAAAAUACAGAAUCACUAUAUCCAGAUGCGAAGUGCUUGGAGACAGUCGGCAAAAAACCCUAAACCCACGUUUCAGGCCAGUUCCCACCAUUCUGUAGGGCGUAUCUGCGAUUCUGAGGCGAAUGAUGCUCCACUCAGCUUCACUGUCUAAGAUGUUAAUACUGGGCUAUUCGAG